UCGCGACCGUCAAAACUUUUAAUUCUUAUCAACGAUCAUAAAGCACGAUCCGAGACACGAGAAACUGACCAAUCAGACAUCACCCCUAAUUUGCUAUAUAAACACACUCUUCCUCAACCACAAUUCAUUCCUCGCUGAAAACUCAAAUCCAAAAAUCAAAAAUCCAAAUACCUUUCGAAAUUUAUCAGAUUCAAUGGUGAAGGCAGAUAAGAAGCCGGCGGAGAAGAAGCCCGCAGCCGAGAAAGCGCCGGCGGCAGAGAAAUCUCCGGCGGAGAAGAAGCCCAAGGCCGGGAAGAAGCUACCGAAGGAAGCCGGCGGCGCCGCCGCCGGAGAGAAGAAGAAGAAGAGGACGAAGAAGAGCGUGGAGACGUACAAGAUCUACAUAUUCAAGGUGCUGAAGCAGGUCCACCCUGACAUCGGCGUUUCCAGCAAGGCCAUGGGAAUAAUGAACAGCUUCAUCAACGAUAUUUUCGAGAAGCUGGCGCAGGAAUCGGCUCGGCUGGCUCGGUACAACAAGAAGCCGACCAUCACUUCCCGUGAAAUUCAGACCGCCGUGAGGCUGGUGUUGCCCGGCGAGUUGGCCAAGCACGCCGUCUCUGAAGGAACAAAGGCCGUCACCAAAUUCACCAGCUCUUGAAAUUGCUGAUGUCUUCAGAUCUAAAAUUAGGGUUUGUGUUUAGAGCGGAAGAUCAUUGCUUCUUUUUUUUUUUUUUUUUUUAUCUGAAAUUCAUCGCCUUUUGAAUGUAAAGAGCUCUAUUUUCUAGACAGUUAUCAAUCUUAAAAUUGUUUUUCAUCCAUUUUAA